GUUAAAUAGGCUUUUUCCAAUAGUCACUAAUCUCUUUUUAUACAUUUUACCCCAAAACUUAUAAUUUACUUCAAUUGGUCCUUAUAUCUUUUAAUUUGCCUCCCAACUUUUUACUGUCUUCUUUCUAAUCCUUUCUUCCUUAUUAAACAAUGUAGAUAUUACUCUUUAUAAUUAACUUUCAUGAUAAAGAUUUAAUACCUAUAUGAUGACUCAUGCAAUAUAAAUAGAUAAAAUUUUAGAGUAGAAUUGAGAAUGUUACAAGUUGCUUAUCGUUCAAAACCUUAAUUAAUCCUUACUGUACAAGAAUAUUCUUUACAGUGCUUUACUACAAGCUGAAAUUAUUUUUCUUAAUGAAUGGCUCUACUUCAAAUUUUGUGCUCAUUUUUUUUGGAUUUUACAAACCUCGGCUCUAAUAUCAAUUUGUUAAGAAAUAAUAACUCAUAAUUAAAGAAUAUAAAAUAUAAAGUGGUUCGGGGUAAGCUUAGUUCACAAAUAAAUCUUCUAUCAUGAGAAAAUAAUUGUAAUCACUGAAACAAACCACUCAAAAUCAAUUACACUCAAAACCUCACAAGAAAAAAAUUUCUCUCUCAAAAUUGCAUUACACUGUCAAAAAUUGGGUUAGAGAAAUCACCUCCUAUAUGUAGCAUGAAAAGUCGGCAAUAUUGGAUCUAAGAGUUGCCGCUUCUUGUGCAACUUUACAAGUUACAUUUCCUUUUUCAUUAUUUUAUUAUUUUCUUAGUGGAUAAGUCUUUGACAGUUAAAGACAACUUCUCCAGCUAAUAAAUUCUUCAAUAUUGAGCAUUCUUAAUUGCUAAGAAUCAAAUCACUGUAUAACUCAUGUGCACCAUUUUUCUUAUCGUCUUCACUUUAAUUUACAGGACAAAAUUUCCGAAUUUUUUGCACCACAGCUCGACACAAUUCAUAAUUACUUGGUUCUAAAAUAUGAUUUUCAAUAUUAAGAAGCAGAUGGCUGAAUGGUGGGAUAAUUACUUAAUUACCACACGUUGCAAAACAUGUUCCUACUUAAAUCCAAAGGCUAAAUUUGAUUUUGUCUAAUGUAGAGUGAUUAAAUGCCCUUCUUUCCUCAAGAAUGUUAACGAAAAAAGAAAAAUCAUAAUUAACCAUAUAAGCCGAAGCAAUUACACGUGUUGGCAGUUGAUUUUGUUGUGAUGAAAAAUGCAACGAGCUGGUCACUUGUAUGAAAGUCUCCAAGCAAAUAUAACGGAGACCAUGCAACUAGGAAGCAAAAAUUUUCCCAUCUUCACAAAAUCAAAUCAAACAGAAAAUCCUCUGUCCAGGAAAUCCCAAAAAUGCAGAGAGAUUAUAACAGCAAACCAACCUUCACUGAGAUCUUUAUAGCCUCUUCGAUCGGUUUAAUCAUUGCAGUAGCAAUGCAUUAUCUUUUUCGACAGACCAGGGAUCGGAAGAUCGUCCCUCGUUUAAAACCAAAGGAACAAGGCCGAGCAGAGAAGCUUGAAAGGUUCCCUCAUUAUGUAGCGAGGCAAAUGGGAUUUGCAGAUAGGAGAGAAUGUCCACAUCUCUGCAAGUUAGCUGCAGAAUACAUUUGCAAGAGUGAAAGCUGUGAGGAAGAUAUUUAUGCAUUUUUUGCAGAGGAAGUUGAAGCAGAUUCGCUUUUUGUAAAACUUCUUGAGGAGCUUGAGAGAUGCAUUCUUAGUUAUUUUGCAUUCCAUUGGAGCCACGCUGAUCUUAUUAUGCAUCAGGUACUGACUGCUGAUGCGGAACCCAAAAAGAAAUUUAAGCACAUUGUCAUGGCAGCAACAAGGGAACAGAGAUUUGAGAGGGUGACAAAAAACCUGAAGGUAGCUAGGGUGUUCAAUACAUUGGUUGAGGAAAUGAAAGCAAUGGGAUUAGCAUCAAAUGAUGACUCGCAAUGUACAGAGGUUAUGGCUCCAGUGGCACACUCUGAUAGAAGUCCAGUCCUCCUCUUCAUGGGUGGUGGGAUGGGUGCUGGGAAGAGCACCGUGCUUAAGGACAUUCUCAAAGAGCCAUUCUGGGCAGGAGCAGCAGGAAAUGCAGUGAUUAUUGAGGCAGAUGCCUUCAAAGAAACGGAUGUCAUCUACAGAGCACUUAGCUCCAGAGGACAUGCUGACAUGAUCCACACUGCUGAAUUGGUGCACCAAUCAUCCACAGAUGCAGCAUCAUCUCUCUUGGUGACAGCCCUAAAUGAAGGGCGAGAUGUGAUCAUGGAUGGCACACUUUCUUGGGUACCAUUUGUUGUGCAGACAAUAACAAUGGCCAGAAAUGUCCAUCGCAAACGUUAUCGCAUGGGAGCUGGUUACAAGGUAAACGAUGAUGGAACUGUAACUGAGAACUACUGGGAGCAAAUUGAAGAAGAAGAACCACCACUAGAUGGAUCCAAAAAGAGAAAACCAUAUAGGAUAGAGUUGGUGGGGGUUGUUUGUGAUGCUUAUUUAGCUGUUGUCAGAGGCAUAAGGAGAGCUAUAAUGUGCAGAAGAGCUGUAAGGGUGAGGUCACAGUUGAAAUCCCACAAAAGAUUUGCAAAUGCAUUUCUAACCUACUGCCAACUCGUUGAUAACGCCAGGCUAUAUUGCACCAACGCUUUGGAAGGCGCACCUAAGUUGAUAGGAUGGAAGGAAAGAGACAAGACUCUGCUGGUUGAUCCAGAUGAAAUAGACUGUAUAAAAAGGGUGGGUAGGUUGAACGAGGAAGCAGACUCCAUAUAUCAGCUUUACAAGGCCCCUGACCCAAAUAUGGCGGCUGGUUCAAUUUGGAAAGAUAUAGUGCUGUCACCAUCAAGGUUAAAUAUUCAAAAGGAAUUGAAGUAUUGCAUCCAAAAAGUUGAAAGAUCAAAAUCAUAUGCCAACGUUCAAUGCAGAUGACGUUCUGAGCUUUUUAUGCUUCAUGAGGCAAAAGAUCAAGGCAGAUGCAGGCAUGUGGCUUUUCACCAUGUUCCUGGGCUGUACUAAAUAUGACUAGUUUUAUGUGUAGCAUUCCUCUUUUUAUUUUAUGGCUUUCGUUUUGUCAAUUAGGAGGCCCAUCUGUUUGGUUACAUAAUGGGAGGUAUGCACUCCCUCUAAUUCCCCUUAGUAUUAUUUUUACAAGUAAAUUUGAUUGGAAUGCAAAACCUAAAGAUAUAUGAUAUUCAA